AUGCCUGGAAUGGACGUCUUGGGUUUCAAUCUUGCGAACCCAAGUCUGCAAAAGAAUGUCCCGCGACCUCCACCACACCCGUACGCUUCGUCGAUCGCUUCGUCUGCAUCUUCUUCCUCGUCUUCAGUCUUCUCCCUCGACUCUGCCCAAUACUCCCUCUCCUCGUCGGCUAGUUCUGUCGACGUGAUUUGGGAAAAUGAGGUCCUGGGAAGCGGUGACUCAUCAUCAUCACAACAACAGCAACAGGCAGGAGGAGGAGGUAGAACGUUGAGCUCAUCAAGUGAAUCGAGUUUCCACUGUUUCCGUUCUGGAAGAGGUUGUGGCCCUAAAGUCGCUGACGCUGCAGUUGCACCUGAAUUGCGGCAGAAUCCCCGACGUACCUACAGUAACACUUCAUCAUCAUCGUCUGCCUGUUCGAGGCCCCCACCGACGCUGGUCCGCCAGUGUGAUCGGAAAGUCAAUUUUGUCGACAAUCUCGUCGACUCUGCCUCUCAAAUUGUCGAAACCAUCUGGCCGUUGUCAGUAGUAGCGCUCCGCAAUGAUUCUCCCUUGGGUUCAAGGGGGGUCUUGCCCCUGCGCACUUUCAUCCAGGAAACGCUUCGACGGUCAAGGACCAGCUAUUCGACUUUGCAAGUUGCGCUGUACUAUCUUAUCAUGAUUAAACCUCAUGUGCCUAAACAUGAUUUUACCAUGGAGCAGCCGAGAAAUCACCCCUGCACGCGUGCUAUGCAAUGCGGCAGGCGGAUGUUCCUCUCUGCACUUAUUUUGGCUUCCAAGUAUCUUCAGGAUCGAAACUACUCCGCUCGAGCGUGGAGCAAGAUUUCAGGCUUGAAUACACUAGAGAUCAACCAAAAUGAGCUGGCGUUCCUCGAGGCGGUGGGCUGGAAACUCCACAUCUCGGAGGCCGUCUUCCAGCGUUGGACGGACAUUGUUCUGAAGUACACUCCUAGCGCGGGUGGUUCUCCAAACGGCGAAGGCCUCACUUGGCGGGCCGUUAUCCCCGUCCUCACUCCAGAACUUGACACAGUCGAUCUGGAAGCCGACCGGUAUCGCGGUGUUGUUGAUCAUGUCAUGACUGGCACUAGCAUCACCCCGUCGCCUAGUCCUACGCCAAUCCCGGACAGAUUGUCCAGUGUAUCACCACCACAACCACAACCGACUAAUGACCAGACACCCACGGGACUGAGAAUUGUCUACCCAACUCUUGAGCCAAACCCGUAUGCCCAGCUCCCUUCUCUCCCGAAAUUUGCCUCUCUCCCCACUCCACAGAUGACCCCGCAGACAGGCUCUGUCAACACUCCUGCAGCGAGCGUUGGUGGAUUCCUCUCUCGGAAACCCUCCAUCUGUGCCGCCAUAUCCCAAGCGCGCAGCAUCUGCGCCCAGCGGACAACCUUUGAGGCCCGCCCCAUAUGUACUUAUAGUAAGACCGCCCCUGCCGAAACCUAUCCCAGCAUAGGCCGCCGUUCCUCUCUAGCCCGAUCUGCCUCGUCAACUUCAUCUCCGGAGUCCAUGAUCUCCGACGUGCCCUCCCUGAUAUCAUCAUUAUCGUCCCGCUCAUCCCGCUCAUCACGAUCGUCUUCCAUUUCGUCCGUCGCAUCAGGGACCUGUGCGCCUGCGCAGCCAAGGUUGGCUACGCGGGCGACUCGUCGAUGCGCGAACCUGCAAACUUAUUCCCUUGCUGCUCCCGCAGCGAACGAAAGCCGGAAGAAGAACCCGUCGUUCACGGCGGCAACGAGCGUGCCGACGAUCGACGAAGGGAGCUGGUCAGAGUUCUACGCGUCGCCAGAGUCGUUCUCCACACCCAUUUCUACGGAGUCAAGCAACAUGGGAGACCACCAGCACGUCCCCAGCUUCGCCCUGGACGCGUCUUCCAUCGAUCUAGCCCACGAAGCUGCUCAGGGCCUCUGUGAGCUUUCCGGCGCCCUCCCCCGCUCUUCCUACUUUGCCCCUUCACACCCAAUCCCCUCUCGCACCACCACAGUUUCGACCGCCGACUUCUCUACACCACUGUCUGACAUUUCCGCCCGCACCUCACGCAAACGCACCCGCACCACCUCCAACGACUUCGCCCUGCACACAAACGUGCGCGAAGGACUCUUCUCCUUCUCUUCUCCUUCCACCUCUACAUCAUCUUCCACUACUUCCUCCUCCCUCCACGCCCUCCGAAGCGACGAGGAUGAUGGCAACGCCGUUGUCGCCCCCGAUACGCAGGUUGCUGACUCGUUUCUGGUCUCCUCUCAUCAAUCACACCUACAUCAUCACCAGCCACAACAACAACAACAACAACGACAUAUAUCACAGCCGCCAUCGGCGAUCUCUUCGUUUAUGAGUGGCGGUGGUGCGGCGAGGUUUGCGCUGCCGCUGCCCCGUAGUAAUAGUAAUGCGGGGAGUAGUAGUAGUGGUAGUGGCGGCGGCGGCGGCGGCGGCGGUGGUGGUGGUAUCAAGCGUGCAUGCUGUGCGAAGGAGGCGGCGAGGUUUUUGUGGGGUGUUGGGAGUGGUCCUGGGGUUGGGGUUGGAGUUGUGGGGGGUGAGGGUGGGGAGAUUGUGGAUUGA